UAUGAAGCUUGCGUGUUUUGUGUUUGAUGUGUAAACGUGAGAAAUAAGUCUUUUAUAGACGUCGAUAUUGGUGUGGAGUUCUCGUUAUUGUCACGAAGUGUGCGUUCCUGGCACUGAGGAUUGGGUUUUUCGAAGAUUUAGACGUCAGGGUUUAUGUACACAUGGGUAACGUGUGGAUCAUUGUGGACUUGCUUGUGAGUGCCUGUGUCGAUCGAAGACGCGUCGUGCACGGGUUUAAUUAUUUUCAUAGAAAUGGGUUGUGAACGGUGUGAGCAUUGAGAAUAUAGUGGAGUUGCAUGAAACCCUAGGUCGAAGAAAUGCAUUUUCUGCUCUGCAAAGGGUGUUUUGGAGGAACUCCAUGGAAAUUUCACAAUCACGUGCAACGGUGUCAUCAAAGCAGCCACGUUUCGGAAUUUUGCAUCGACUGAACCGGCCUCAGCUGCCUUGUGUUCUCGGGACCCUGCGCUACAGAGUUACUGUGAAUCUUCUGCUCUCUCUACUUUUGCCAACCAUCUUCAAUUUUUUGAGGAAACCUGUUGCCAUUACUGACUUUUUGGGACGUCCUGAUUUUCAUAUCAAUAUCUGUGCCUAUGAAAGCUCUUUAAUAAGCCUAGUUUAAAAUGACACGAAAUGAGCCUGCAAGUGCUUCGGAAAUAUGAAACACGCUUCAUGCAUUUUUGUUGUAUGAGUAGUGCAUUCUCGUGACUUGUAUUUAGUGUUCCCCGUGGAAACGCCCUAGUAAACAGGCACACAGUUCUCAGUUGCUAUUCGCCAUUCCUAUCGUUAUGAUCGUAGUCUAGCAUUUGAAUGAAUGUUGCCCAUUUGAAGUCGUAUUGUUUGCGUACACUAGCUGAAUGUAAACCAUUGUUUUUGUGUUUGAAAUUGGGAGGACUGGAGCUGGUCUGGAAAGUCCAUUUUUCUCUUCACCCCCGUUUCCUGCCUGUCACUCCUCUACUCUUUUGUCAUUGAAUUCCUGAUUUUUGCCGAACCGUUCUGCUGUUCUUCGGAAUUUGUUAUUUUUAACGGGUUUAUCUGUCAUGAUUCAGGGCAUACUUGGAAGCACAACCCCUUCGUAUUAGUGGAGUUUCAAUGGUAAAGAAAGAAAGUGUCCUACCUUCAAUAUCGGUUGGUACGAGCAUGGACGAUAUAAUGAGAGACGUCCAUGGAGCUAUCGAGCGGGCGGUAGAAGCACGUUCGGAGUAUUUGAAGCAGGAAGUCACCACGAUGACUCUGGCACAAGCACGCCGGCUACUGGAGAAGGAUCUAAAUGUUGAUCAAGGAUUUUUAGAUUCUUACAAGGAAUUUGUUAAAAAACUUAUCAACAAGGUUUUGCAAGAAACCCAGGCCGAAAGCCUAGCAGUGCAGAAAACGGAAGCGGUGAUUGAUGAGCAAGACAAAAGCAAGGAGACUGAAGUUGAGAAUUCCGCCAACCAAAUGCCAAAAAUGAAGCGGCUCAAGAAAAAGAGUGGAAGCGAAGGCAUAGUGGGUGAAAUCGCGAAAGAUCAAUCUGAUGAUAUCGGAACGUCUAGUGCGGAAGAAGGGUUAAAGGAACCUGAAAAUGACAGCCAUUCGGAUGCUAAAGUUGGAGCGGACAUGGAAAGUUUGAUUUUGGAAGCAGCCCUCAAAAGGGCUCCGGAUUUCAAAGCUCAAGCAGAAUCCUUGACGCUUGUGGGUGUACGCCGUUUACUGGAAAAAGACCUUGGCAUGGAGAAAGGAGGCUUGGAUGUGUACAAAAAGCAUAUACGGACAGUCUUGGAUCAACUUUUAAAUGAAGAGAAAGAAAAGGAGAAGCUAGUUGCUGUUACUACUUCGAAGAAGAGAAAAGCAUCUGCACCUGAGGUUAAGAAGAAAUUGAAUAAGUCAGGUAAGAAGCGAAAACCUUCCUCUUCGGAGGAGAUGGAGGAGAAUGUCAGUGGUGAAGAAUCUGUGAAAACUCCCAAGGUGCGGAAUGGAGGAAAUCGGAAGACGACGAAGAAAUCAGUGAAAGAGAAAGUUGAAGAGGAAGAUGCUAGUGGAGAUGACGAUGGUAUGGACGAGGAUGGAGGGUCUGAUGAAGAUGUGUCUAGAUCCGAAGAAUCAGAUGAUGAAGAGACUGAGCGUAAGAAAGUACCAAAGACAAAGAAGCCUGUGGAAUCGAAGCCUGUAUAUGGCAAGAAAGUUGAACUCUUCAAAAGCACUAUUAAAGCUUGUGGUAUAACGGUGCCUCCAAGUGUGUAUAGGAAAGCUAAACAAGCUCCAGAAGAGCGACGGGAGGCUGUUUUGAUUAAAGAAAUGGAAGCAAUCUUACUGAAAGAAGGUCUUACGGCUAAUGCGUCGAAAGACGAUAUUAAGGCUGUCAAAAAACGGAAAGAGAAGCUAAAAGAUCUUGAAGGGAUGGACACCAGUAACAUAAUUGUAGAAUCUACGGGGCGGCCAAGGCGAGCAGCAGCAUCUGCAAAUAAUUUUUUCGCUCCCAAACCCAGCAAACCAAUUGACCUUGGUGAGGAGGAUGAAGAUGAAGAUGACGAUGAGGAACAAGAAUCAGACUCUGAGGAAGAUCCAAAUGUGGAACUGCAAGAUGACGAUGACGAUGACGAUGACGAAUAUGUGAAAUCAUAAUGAUAUGCUUAGCCAUCCUUACUUUUGGAGCUCCUAAUUCUGUCCAAGGGUUCUGCUCAAGCACCAUGUUACUCUUCAAACUUACUGUGACUAUGUGUAUGUAAUUUUUUAGAGGAUUAUCGGAUAUUCGAGUUCAAGAAGUCGGCAUGUUGGAACACCUUUGAGUUGGAAGGCACAAAAAGGACUAAUACUCCAAUCAGAUUCAACUUGGAACCCAACCUAAAAUGUUAAGUGUGUCUGGAAAUAGUUUUUAAAGUCAGCACAUUUUUCUUGAGCAGGCGUGGUUAUGAAUCACUAUUUGCAAGUACUGGUCUUCUGUCAUUAUGUGCACUUCAGCAUGAUAUCAAGUUUCCAGGACAGGAGUGUAAUCCACAUGGGACUUCAGAGUUAGCUUAUAAAGAGUAGUCAUUUAGUGACAUAGUUUACGGUGAGGACAUACUUAAAAUACUAGACGGUGCAUGUGGGUUAAGGAUUUCCAGCAUUCUUCUGAACCAAUCAAGCAGCUGCAGCACUUCAGAGCAAGACACUCCAAAUACUUUGUCCGAUCCUACUUCAACAAUUUUAGAAACUUUGUAGGUGGAUGGAUGCACAUGUCUUGACGUGAUGAUCACAGUUCAGGAUGUGGAGUUGGAAAGAAUUGCUAUCCUUUGGAUACAUAGGUAAGGUUAUCGUUCUAGGACUUGUAUUCUGUCUGUCUGUUUCCAAGUAUGGAAAAAAAUUGGAUAUCUUUGCACGGC